AUGGCAAGCUCAAGGAAAUCGAGAGUACAGUCAGGUCCUCUGAGUGCUACACCAGCUAAAAGAUCCACCAGAAGAUCCUCAUCACAAUCCAGUACCUCUGAGCACUCAAGCUUGUCAGGAGGAGAACCACCUCUGCCCACCUCAACUGGUGACUCUCCUCCUACAACUGACCCCACUUUGACAAUGGUACAAGGUGACCUGUUCUCAUGCCCCAACUCCUCGUCUCUGGCACACUGUAUAAGUGCCGACAUUUCCAUGGGGAAGGGUGUGGCUAAAGUGUUUAAGACGCAGUUUGGUGGAGUAGCAGAGCUUAAAGCACAAGGAGUGCAGACCGGUGGGGUUGCUGUGUUAAAGAAGCAUGGGCGAUUUAUCUACUACUUGGUAACUAAGCAGCGUCACUUCCACAAGCCAACAUACGAAACACUUAACUUUUCACUGCAAGCGAUGAAGAAACACUGCCUGGCCAACAAAGUGAGCGAGCUCUGUAUGCCAAUGAUUGGGUGUGGCCUAGAUCUCCUUGACUGGGGAAAAGUGAAGCCAUUGAUCGUCCAAGUCUUUGCUGGAAUUAGAAUCAACAUAACUAUCUAUUAUCUAUAGAGAGAAGUUUUGCCGAAAUUUACCAUCAUCAAAUCAUUUUAAUCCUGUUCAUUGUUUCCUCUAGCUUGAUCUUUAGCAAAUUGUUGUGUUUGCACCUCAUUGGGACAAUUGCAAUAUUCAUGAAAGUAA